AUGUCUGAGACUUUACAGUCAGAGGGCUUCGGCCAUGAGGAUGCUGGCAUUGUCUUUCAGCCUAAAUAUCAUGCAAGUCUUCCAGUUCUGGAGUUUCCAAAGCCUUUGGUAGGUAUGGUGAGAAGGAAAAGGGAUUGGGUCGUUCCUCCCAUCAACUUCCCAGAGAACGACAGAGGCCCUUUCCCCAAGUCUUUGGCGCAGAUUAGGUCCAACAAUGAUAAUGAUGUGAAGAUCGUGUACAGCAUCACUGGUUCUGGAGCAGAUCAACCCCCUGUGGGACUGUUCACUGUGGACAGAAACUCUGGGAUUCUCUAUGUGACCCAGCCUUUGGACAGAGAGAGACAAGACCGUUAUGUGCUUUUGGCUCAUGCUGUUGCAGUUGGUGCGGGUUUAGCAGAAGACCCCAUGGAGAUCAUUGUUAGAGUAAUUGAUAUGAAUGACAACAAGCCGGUUUUCACUGUAGUUACUUUUAAAGGGCUUGUCCCUGAAGCAUCCAUACCAGCCUUUGAGUUCAUGCAGGUCACAGCCACCGAUGCAGAUGAGCCUGGCUCAGCCAAUUCUGAUGUCAGAUACACUAUUAUAAAUCAGGAACCUGAACUGCCGAGUCCCAACAUGUUUGUCAUGAACCCUGUCACAGAAGCGAUUCAGGUCAAUGCUGCUGGACUUGACAGAGAGAAUAUUCCAAAAUAUACAUUGGAAAUCCAAGCUGCUGAUUUGGAGGGUAAUGGUCUGACAUCUUUCGGAAAAUCCAUAAUUACUGUAGCGGACAUCAAUGACAUAGCUCCUGAAUUUGAGAAGUCUUCGAACACGGUGUCUGUCCCAGAGAAUAAAGUGAAUGCCCUGGUGGUCAAAAUGCCAGUGAGUGAUGGAGAUGAGCCACACUCUUCCAACUGGGCCACCAAGUACAGGAUUGUAGAUGGAGACCCAGGUGGAAUGUUCACUGUAAGCACUGGACCUAGCAGACUGGAAGGAAUCAUUACCACAGCCAAGCCCCUUGACUUUGAGAAGGACAAUCACUACACCCUGUUGGUGGCUGUGGAGAAUGAGGUCCCAUUUGACCCCCUGCCCACCUCCACUGCCACAGUCCAGGUGAAUGUGGAAGAUAGGAAUGAUGUCCCUGUCUUCGACCCAGUGGAAAAGGUUUUUUCUGUAUCUGAACACCUGCCAGUGGACAGUGAUUUGGUUCUGUAUACAGCCAUUGAUCCAGACAUCAUGGCACAUAAAUUCAUGUAUCGCAUGGACAGAGAUCCUGAUAAACGGCUGGAUAUCAACAACGAGACCGGAAUGAUCAAAACCAAACACCCCCUGGACAGAGAAUCUCCCUUUGUCAAAGAUGGCAAAUACAGAGUCCUUUUGAUAAAAUUAUCUUGUUUUGGGUUAUCAGAUGAAAUCCCUGCAACUGGAACUGGAACCAUUCUGAUAGAGCUGGAAGAUGUAAACGACAAUGCUCCGACUAUUGAUGACACCCCGUUGAAGCUCUGUAACCAAGACCCCCGUCUAGUGCAUUUGGCUGUGACAGACAGAGACGGCCCAGGCUUUUUGAGGCGGCAGGAAACCUAGUGGUUAGAGCAGUGGGCC